GAUAGAUAGAUAGAUAGAUAGAUAGAUAGAUAGAUAGAUAGAUAGAUAGAUAAAUAGAUAGAUAGAUAGAAAGAGGGAGAGAGAGAGAGAGAGAUAGAGAUAGAGAUAGAGAGAGAGAGAUAGAUAGAUAUCGUGAUAGAACGUGAGGAAAGAACGACGAAGUUUAGGGUUGUCGCGAGUGCGCGUGGGUGGGCGAGGCGUGUGCACACGGUGCGAGAGAAGAGGAGAGUGUCGCUAACGAGUAAGAUUCUUUACGAGAAGUUGUUGAAGGACGGUGGAGACGAAACGAGACGGCAACAGCAACGACAACGGCAACGGUAAUAACGACAACUGCGACAACCAUCAUGAGCGACGACAGGAGUGAGGACGAUCCUAUAAUGGAUCUUUGGUAUAGUAAUUGGGAACAACAGUGCGUCGAGGCCCUCGAAGCUGAACCGGAAUAUGAAAAUCAACUGCACAACGUCAAGGAGAUCUAUUCGCAGCAGAUGUGGACGAGCUUCCAGACGACGGCGUCGGCCAUCGCCCAACUCUAUAAAGAUCGUACUCAGGGUGUCUCACUAUGGCUACCCUUCCAGACAGCUGCGGGUACCGUCACGUCAUUGUACAAAGAUUCGGUCGAUAGUAUGCGACGAUGCAGUGAACUAGGGAUAGAAACAGGAAAACAGAAACGUAGCAAAGAAAUAAUGAACUGGGCUAGGAAAAAGAGGCGCAUGAUCCGUAGAGAAGAUCUUUUAGCGUAUCUUGCUGGUAAACCACCUCCACCAAGACCACACUCGCACAGAAGUUCUCCGAAGCCAAGGAUGAUGGUAUGCGGUUCUUCUCCUUCGCAAAGUCCUACGCAAAGUAUGGUAGUGUCACAAACUUCGACACCUGGAAUAGAUUUGGAUCCCGAAUUACACACAUUUAGAGAAGCGAUUGCAUUGUCUGGCUCAUCAGUGUCUAGACGUACCGGAAGGCAAGCAGAAUUAUCCGCUUUUAUAAGCAACGAAUUUGCUCGGCAUCACAAACGACCUGCUUCGCAUGAUGUGGAUAUGGGAUCUCCUACGCACAAACGUUCGCGUUUCAUGUAACGGCGCGCGACGUGUAAAGUAGCCUCACUCCCUUGUUCCCUAUUAAUUAAUCAAUUGAUCAAUUAAUUACUAAUGGUUCAGCUCCCCUACGUGGUUCUCCCAUUUAGGAGUAAUCGUUUCGAUACGACGGCAGUGGUUUACAUUGUCGCGCGAGUACGUUCGUCCGUAUCUCGGUAAUCUUCCAAUAAAGUCACGAUUCUUCUUUAACUCCAAGAUAAUUCUAUAUUUUUGGAGUUAUGGGACAUAGGAAGAUAUUGAAAUUGUGCCGUACCAAAAAGUGAUAUUUAUAUUUAGUUAAGGUCUUGUUUUUUCGAUCUUAUGUUUGAAUCGACU